CGCCCCCGGGCACACACACGGUUAAUCCUCGGCGGCUGCUGUUUGGAUAAAAUGCGCUGGGAGCGUUCGAGGCUCCGCGGCCGCUCACAUCUGGCCCGGGUUUGCUCUUUACGCGUCUGUCCCGCUUGCUUCGGUCCUUCCUCUACUUUCGAGAAACCGCGUUUCCGCUUCUGGCCAAAGAGACCUUGUAGCCGAGGAGAUCCAGGUGCCGGGGAGCGGCCGGCUGUCCUGCACCCCGACAACUUUCUGAGCCCUCUUCCCGGAGGACUUUUUCCUUCCUGCCUGCUCUCUCCUUCGACAAGUCUGGUCUUCCCCCGACCUGGCUGGGAGGGGGCUCCGCCGCUGGGAGAUGCUCUAAGAGAGGCCGCGGGGAGGACGCGGGCGCCCCGCUCGCUCCCGGACGCUGGUGGCUGGAGCAGGGCUCAGCGGGAAGAUGGGCCCCCGUGGGCUGGGACCCGCGCUGGCGUGCUGCCUGCUGCUGGCCUUUGCCUGUGGCCCGGUGCUGGGCCGCGUGCCCCAUGCGCAGCUCGAACAGCAGCAGCAGCAGGGGACCAGGGAGCCACCGCUGGACCACGCUGAGAGGGAUGAAGAAAAGCAUGAAAAAUACAGCUCCAGGCAGGAAGACGAGCCCCCCGCAUCCCGGUGCUUUCGCUGCUGUGACCCUGGUACUCCCAUGUACCAGGCCAUCCCGGUGCCACAGAUCAACAUCACCAUCCUGAAAGGUGAGAAGGGCGACCGAGGAGAUCGGGGCGUGCAAGGCAAAUAUGGCAAAACAGGUUCCGUGGGCGCCAGGGGCCACGCGGGACCCAAAGGGCAGAAAGGGUCCAUGGGGGCCCCCGGGGACCGGUGCAAGAACCACUACGCUGCCUUUUCGGUGGGCCGGAAGAAGCCCCUGCACAGCAACGACUACUACCAGACGGUGAUUUUUGACACGGAGUUCGUGAACCUCUAUGGCCACUUCAACAUGUUCACGGGAAAAUUCUACUGCUAUGUGCCCGGCAUCUACUUCUUCAGCCUCAAUGUGCACACCUGGAACCAGAAGGAGACAUACCUGCACAUCAUGAAGAAUGGGGAGGAGGUGGUGAUCCUGUACGCCCAGGUGAGCGACCGCAGCAUCAUGCAGAGCCAGAGCCUGAUGCUGGAGCUUCAGGACCAAGACGAGGUGUGGGUGCGCCUCUUCAAGGGCGAGCGCGAGAACGCCAUCUUCAGCGAUGAGUUUGACACCUACAUCACCUUCAGUGGCUACCUGGUCAAGCCCGCCACCGAGCCCUAGCUGCCCGCUAGGGCUAACCUCCAUCGCCAUAGGCUAACCUCCCGUUGUCUCCGUGCCCCACCCCCGCUCUGCCAGACCCCCUCCCCGACCCGGGUUUCCCCGGCCCACACGUCCCCAGCUUUGGCAUUCGACAU